CGUGACACAGUUCAUUCGAGAAAUGACGUACCUCAAGGGGCGCGCAUGACCUCUUGGACUGAAACAUGUAACGCAUGAUUUAGCGGAACAAAUAUCGCCUACCGAAAAGGAAAGUAAUUUUCGUCUUUCCUUUAUAGCUGUUCAGGCGACUGUGUUUCAAACUGGGAGCAACUUGGAAAACGCUUACGGAAAACUUUCAAACUUCAUCGACGGAGAAUACCGUGCCCUGUUUCUACAGUCCAGACAAGAUCAACACUUCUUGAACCCCUGUCCUAGUGAGAGGAACAGACCUAGUGAUGUCCCAACCUGACAGGAAUAUCUAUUCUUCAUUGGAGGGGGGCAUCCAGCCCCCAAAUGUAGGCUUUGGGCAGCCAAGCCCACCAGGAUAUGGGAUGACCUUACCCAACACGCAGGGAAUGUCGAACCCAUUUGGGGGGCCAGGGCCUGCUCCAGGGGGGAUGCCCUUCCCCACGCCUGGGGCAUUUGGUCAGCCCAUGUACUCCCAGGGUCAGGAGAACCCAGGAUAUGGGAUGACCUUACCCAACACGCAGGGAAUGUCGAACCCAUUUGGGGGGCCAGGGCCUGCUCCAGGGGGGAUGCCCUUCCCCACGCCAGGGGCAUUUGGUCAGCCCAUGUACUCCCAGGGUCAGGGGAACCCAGGAUAUGGCACUGCACCUUACGCUCCCAUGCCUGGGGCCUACGGUCAGGGCUUUGACAACCCAAAUCAUGACCCAAACACUGGUUACCACAGCGAUGAUCAACCCCCGGCCUUCAGUGACAAUAGUUCCUUCUCUCUUGGCUCUGGACUGGACGACAAGACCAUAAGACGAGCCUUCAUCCGGAAAGUCUUCAUGGUGUUGACCGUCCAGCUGAUGGUAACAUUCACCUUUGUGGCUGUCUUCACCUUUGUGGAGGAAAUCAAAGUGUUUGUCAGGGCCAACACAUGGACCUACUGGGUGUCCUAUGGCAUCUUCUUCGUCUCUCUCAUCACCAUCAGCUGCUGUGGGGAGUUUCGCCGUAAACAUCCAUGGAACCUGAUUGCACUAUCCAUCCUGACCCUGGCUAUGUCCUACAUGGUGGGGAUGAUAGCUAGUUUCUACGACACUGACUCAGUCAUCAUGGCCGUGGGCAUCACUGCUGUUGUCUGCUUCACCGUGGUUAUCUUCUCUCUCCAGGUCUGUAUCCAUCUCUGUCUCUCUCCCUCUCUAUCUCUAUCUCAAUUCAAUUCAAGGGCUUUAUUGGCAUGGGAAACAUGUGUUAACAUUGCCAAAGCAAGUGAGGUAGAUAAUAUAUAAAGUGAAUAUAUAAAG